CGGUCCGCCUCUUGUUUUCUACCUCGACUCUUUCAAUUCUCUUCUCUUCCUCUUGCACACCAUCGAUCGCUUCCUCCAUUAUUGCCAACUACGUGAACUCGAUUUGUCGAUGCGACCUUCACAACAUCUUCUGUGUACCUGAACGCUUCCUCCACCGUCAUAGACCGCACUGGCAAGGACAGGAAGCGCAAUGAGCCUUCGGAUGGCAUGACGGCUGGUGAAUCACGCCCACAGGUCGCCAAGGACGGUGGAGAUGCUGAGACCGAGCAACCCCCGCCUCCUGGCGAGGUUUACCCUCCACAGCUGCACGCCGGCAAGGUCGGGCUAGGUCCAAUGUAUCAUCAAGGACCCGACCUCGCGGAUCGUAUAGGCGGAUUCCAGGAAGAGCUGAGGGGAAAGAUUACGCAUAACGCCGAACGAGUCCAGCAUGGACACGACAGGAUGACAGGCGAGUUGAAGCGUAAGGAACAGGAAGAGUAUGAUGCGUCAAACCCGUUCGAGACCACUGAAGAAACGAAGGGGAAGGAAAAAGCCGAGUGAGGUGGGAUCCGUACUUCUGGAUCGGUAUAGUCGCGUAUGGGUGUGCGCAUGGGGGCACGGCUGGGAAAGGAAAUGCAUGGGGUGCGACUGUGGGAACGAGCAAUGCAAUGUGUGGAAGGCGGGGAAUGCCUCAACGGAGUGUAGGAC